UUAUCCAAUCCCAACUCUUUCUGAUCAGUGGGAGAGAGACACGAUGGAGCAACUUGAGACAUAAACACACUCUUUCUCUCUCUGCGUCUUUCUUUCCGCUGUAGAAAAUGUUAUCCAUGGCAACUCAAUAUAGUGUUAAUAGUACUUUCACUUGGCAUUCACUUCCCUAUCAGAAACCCGCCUUGAAAUCAUUCAACACCGCCAUUUUCUUUAAGACAAUGGCCGGUUUGAGACAGUCAUCGACCAGUCUGGCAAAAGGAAUCGUACCCACUUCGAGAAUUGAAAGACUAACUGCUUCAGCAGCCCCUGAGACACUUACAGCUGAGACAUCCACAGAAACUGAAAUACCAUCUGUCACGACCUCUCGAGAAACUGAGAAGGUGGUAGUGAAGCAGGUGGAGAAGCCGAGGCUGGUUUUGAAAUUCAUAUGGAUGGAAAAGAACAUCGGGCUUGGUCUUGAUCAGGUGAUACCCGGGCAUGGCACUGUUCCUCUAAGUCCGUACUUCUUUUGGCCAAGGAAAGAUGCAUGGGAAGAGCUCAAGGCCACUCUAGAAAGUAAGCCAUGGAUAUCUCAGAAGAAGAUGAUUAUCCUUCUUAAUCAGGCCACUGACAUCAUCAAUCUAUGGCAGCAAAGUGGUGGCAACCUCUCCUAGAUGUGCAAUGUAGGAUAUACCCUGGGUUUUCUUCUUCUUUUUGGCCUGCUUGUUAUAUUUCAGCUAUUGGAUUUUGAUUUACAAUUGAGAUCUCGUUAAGCCUGCA